AAAAAAAAAAACUCUCAACUAUAAUAUACUAAUAUAAUCUCAAUGAGCUAGCUAGCUAGCUUGGCCUGCUGCCUGCUUACUGUACAUCUCUGUCAUCAUCCUGGCUGCAACGUACGUACCCCCAUCACCUGUUUGUUUGCAGCUGCUCUCUUGUCCUUCUUCUUCGCUAUUAUGCUUUCUUUUCCUUUUUAAAGGGCAGAGGAGAGGAGUUGCAGUGUGGUGUGUGGCAUGUCACUCACUCACUCACUCAACAACUUCUUCUUCUUCUUCUUCUUCUUCUUCUUCUUCUUCUUCUUCUUCUUCUUCUUCUUCUUCUUCUUCAUUCUCAGCUGGAGUAGCUAGCUAACCGCUGAUUCCCUAGCUUAAUUAGCUACUGACUAUACUUAUAGUUAGCUCUCUCUCCUGAUCUCUCUCUUCACAAUUAAGCAGCUACAAAGAAUAUAAUGGGGUUCCCGGUGGGUGGCUACUCCGGCGUGCCACGGCUGCUGCUCCACCUCCUCUUCCUCCUCACCCACCUCCGCCGCCUCUCCUCCUGCCUGCUCCGCCUCGCCGGCGCCGACAUCGACGACUCCCCAACCGCCGUCGACGCCGAAUAUGACGGCAGCUACAGCUACAGCUCCCAGUCGUCCCAGCUGCUGGAGCUGGACGACCACUCCCCGGCGCUGCGCUUCGACGCGCUCUCAUCAUCCCUGCAGCCGCCGCUCCACGUCGCCACCUGCGCCGUCUGCCUCCGCGACUUCCACAAGUCCGCCCAGGUGCGCCGCGCCCACCGCUGCCGCCACGUCUUCCACCGCGCCUGCCUCGACGCCUGGGCCCACCACGGCCACCGCACCUGCCCUCUCUGCCGCUCGCCGCUGCUGCCCUCGUCGGCGCCGCCCGUUCUCCUGCCCCUUCCACUCCCUGCCUCCUAGCCCCAGGGUCCUUUCUGCAUAAUUAUACUCGCAUCGCAAACCGUCUCCAAGAGAAAAACAAAAAAGAGCAAAAAAGGUCAGGGUCUAUUUUGCAAAAGUCCCAGCCUACGAAGAAGAAGAAGAAGAAGAAGAAGAAGAAGAGAAGAAGGGUGUCUCUCUUCCGAAUUUUGUGCUUCCUGUUGGGUUUUUCCGGAAGAAAAGCUCAACCCGCAUUUGGCAAGGCAAAGCACACUGCGGAUUUCAGAUCAGAUGGUGUACGUAUGUGUUCUUUUAAGGGAAUUCAAAAGGGUUGAAUUCGAAAAGUUUGGAAUUGGUUUUGUGGUUUUGGUUUGGCUCCAUCUAUUAUUAUUUCUCAGGCUGCCUUUCCUCUCCAAACUGCUUUCAGAAGCUCUGCAUGAGUGCUGUACCGUGGAAAAGAAAGAUGGAAAUUUGACAUAAAAAAAUGAUAGACAAGAUUAGAUUAGUGCAAGUAAUUACAUAGAGGAAUUUUUUUAUACUAGCUCCUAUAUGUAUAUGUAAUGUACCAUGAGCAGAUUCACAAUAAGAAUCUUGCACAUGUCGGUAUUUCUAGUCUGUUGGGGGUGGGGAUAUCCCUGUCUGACUAGUACUACCUUAAUAAAUUGCUUUUUUUUUUUUGCUGUUGGAAUGGAUUA